AUAGCGGUAGAGCAAAGUGAGAAGGCUAACGUUAACGUGAUGGCACUAUUUUACACUCGAUGUCUCCAAGACCUACCGAAGGUUAACAUCAGUGACGUACAUCGGCUGGUACAAGCGGCAAGCUCAGCCCCGAGGAGCAAAAGAGAAAAGGGGUUCAAGAUGUACAUAUCCAGUUACAUCGACAACUAUGAAGAUUGUCUUUGAGAACUGCUCACCCGUGGAGAUUGCAGUGGCAAAGUGUUCCUGUGUAGCUGGAACAGCACUCUGCAACCACAAUGUUGCACUGCUGUUCCAGACCGCACACUACUCCACACUCAACCUGGCUGCUGUACCCCCUGUCCUCAGCUGCACUGAAACAGAGCAGCGAUGGCACAAGCCAAGAACCAUGGGUGUGAAACCAGGCAGAGUGAGUGACAUGGUGUUCAUUUCCACUAAGCCAAAGCAGUUUACAGUUACUGACGGUGUAAGGAGUACACGUUACAAGGCCGUGCGGGGGGAGCUGCCAGACCCAGAUGUCCUCAAAGUCAGCGAGGUAUACAAGGACUUCUCAGCAGACAUCGCACCACUGAUCACCACCAUGGCUAUAAGUGUGGACGUGCCACUGGUUAACUCCACCUUUGGAAAAGUUCAGGAAGGUAGCCCUAUCUCAUACCAGCAUCCACUACCUCUUAGCCGGGUUAUAGUGCGUCACCCAGAUGCCCCUCCACCACCACCUCUACCUGUGGAUGGCUAUAGGCUGGAGCCUACCACCUGUGAGUUUGUGUGCAGUCACCAACAGCACCUCCAUCUACUGUCACUUGCGACAACAUUGCUCAUGGCAAGGAAAAUCGAGGUGGCCACAAGGGAGCAGAGCGACAGUGUGGAAUGGCACCGUGUUAGGAGGCCAAGAAUAACUUCUUCCCGUUUCAGGGAAGUAUGCCAUGUUCGAGGUCAGAGUUCAGCUGAAAACUUGGCACAACGGAUUCGGAAGGGAGUGGCGCAAACGGCAUCAAUGAAGAGGGGACUGGCACUGGAACCGGUUGCCAUCCAGGAAUACUGCCGGAUUAAAAACACCAAUUACUGGCCGUGUGGGUUUGUCAUUCACCCAGAUGCCCCCUGGUUAGGGUCAUCUCCUGACGGUCUGGUGUUUGACCCAACUGAGAGCCCACCUUUUGGACUUGUUGAAAUAAAAUGCCCAAAUGCAAAAAGUUAUGUGGACUGUAGCUACUUAAAAAUACAAAGUGGCACAUUAAAACUGAAGCAGUCUCAUAGCUACUAUUGGCAGGUGCAAGGCCAGCUCCUACUCACAGGGAUGGAGUGGUGCGAUUUCGUCGUUUUUGCAGAGGAGGAUAUCCUCAGCGUAUCUGCAGAGACUGCGAGGUGGCUACAACCAUUAGAGAGAAGGGAGAUUCUUUUUAUUUUUACAUGGACUGAUAUGCACUACACUACAUUAGUGUACCACACUACAUCACACUACAUUACUGAUCUAACAUGA